GAAGAAGCGAAUUUAAUUAAAUAAAAAAAAUAAUUUCGGGCGAGGAGCGACUGCGACUGGCCCCCAGGUCCAGGAACAACCAUGGACUUGUCUUCAUGGUUUCGACGCAGCCUUUCAAAGAGUAGUAAAACGUCCAAAACCCCAGAAUCAAAUCAACAAAAACAGGACCAAGAAGAGCUUCUUCUUCUUGGAGUCACCGACCAAUUAAUCGAUCAUGUCAAGUCCUUCACUUUAGACACCUUCAAGAAUUUCCCUCUCCAAGAUGACCAGGAACCUACCUAUGAUGUGGAAGCUGCUACAAAUUCUUCUGGCAAUGUACGGCAGGAUCUCUCAGAUUGGCAGGAGCGACAUGCUUUCUUGGUUCUUUCAAAAGUCAAGGAACUCGCAACACUUAGAUUUAAGCUAUGUCCACGCCACUUGAAGGAACAACAAUUUUGGAGGAUAUACUUCAUGCUUGUCAAAAGCCAUGUAGCUGAGUACGAGCUCCAGGCAGUACGGGUAGCUAAACUCAAAAGCAUGGCUGUGGAAAAUGAAAAAACAUCAGAUAGCAGUGCAUAUGAAGUUGAAAUGGCAGAAACAAAGCAAGCAGCAAACUUAUCUCCCCCCACUCCAUGAAAUCAUAAUUUGCAUCAUAGAAAUUGAGAUGAACUGAUCAUUUUAUAGUUACUGGAGGGGAUUUGACAGUUAGAAAUACAGAACUUCGAUUUGGAUCUUGAAGGAAUCUCAACAUGGCCUUUCUAAAGACAAUCUUGCUAGACUGGAUACUUAAAUGUCAAAAAUUUCUCAGAAGUUAAUCUUCAAGACACUAUCAAAAGCAUUCUGGCAGGUGGUUAUGCUGGUCAUGUCUCUUUUUAUUAUCGAUUCUUUUCAUUUGUAAAAUAAUAGUUACAGCAUACAGUUGCAAUUUAAUUAAUGGCUCUAAUUUAACCUCCA